AUUCAAACCUCAGCAUCUGGUAACUGAGCACUUAUAGAACUUUUGCUCUCAAAAGUGGAAUACAAAGAUCAGUUAUGAAACUCACUUGGAUUGCGGUAUUCUUUGUUUUUGAAACUGUGUAUGUGCUUGGAGGAUGCGUUGAAGAAGCUCGCCACAUUAGCCGUGAUAAAAGAGAUUACGAGAUUGCUGAUGUGGAAUUAAUUGGCAAAGACCUCAAAGACCAGUUUGAUCAUGGCUUGGAAGAUAAAGAAUUUAUGCAGAAGAAAUUCGAAGCUGAGAAAGGUCGGCAUUUAGAAGACAAGAGUCUACACAUCGAUCUAGAUGAGAUUGCUGCAAAAUUACAUCACCUCAGUGACAGUGCUGCUUUUAAAGACGUUGGCGAUGCUAAUACGUUUCUUAAAAGUCUUCAUGCCAUCCUCGGCAAAGAAGAUAUUAAGGAAGUUGAUCUGGGGGAAGAAGAUGUAGGUGUCAUUGUGAAGUUUCUGAAAUACCUAAGCGCUGAAAAGAGUGAUUAUGAAGAAUUCCCUCUAAAAAAAGAUCAUGCUGAAAUAUACCAUAAGGAAGAAGCUCCAUUUAUGAAGCUCAGCGAGUCAAAAGGAUUACAUCUAUCUGAAGAGGAGGAGGAAAGAAGGAAAGCUCAUUUUGCCCAUGAUGUCUUUUAUGAUGAUAAAGAUCUGAAGGCUUAUCUCGACGAUGGAGCUCAUAAGACAAAAGAAGAUUUCGAUGUGGAAAUAGAUCCUCAUUUGAAAAGUGGCCAUUUUGAUGAGAAAAAGUUUGCAGAAGCUAAGCAGAUCCAUGCAGAUGAAGCUUUUAUCAAAGCGCACUUUAGCGAAGAAGAGGCUGCGCUGAAAAAACUCUUCGCAGAUGAGAAAGCACAUGAACAUGAUUACAUAGCAAAGAAGACAGAAGAAAAAUUGUUUCAUAAAGAAGAACCAUUUGCUGUUGCUAAAACUACCGAAGAUAAAGCCAUAGAAGAAUGGAAGUUACGUUUGGGAGAAGCGUUAGCUCUUGGUAAAGAGCAUGCAUUUGAUGAAGACCAUAAAGAAGCUCACAAAUUUGGUGUAGAAGCUCUUGAAAAAAGUAAAGGCCUUAAAACAGCUUAUGGUGAAGAACUUCAUCAUGCUAAAGAUGCCUUUGGCUUCAAGAAAAGUGUAGAAGCCGAUAAAGCUCUUCAUGAAUCAAAGGCUUUAGCCGAGGCUCACUCUGAAGCAUCAAAAGACCAUCUGUACGAUGAGAUCCUAAAGCAAGAAGAAUCCUUACUCUCAGGAGGCACUCACGCAUACGAAAAAGCUCGAGAACAAGCCUAUAAAGAUGCUAAAAUACCUGCAACUGGGGAAAUAGCUAAGAAGAAAGUUAUUUUUGACGAAUCAGGCAAGGCACUUUACGACCCUAAAGUACAUCAAAUCGAUGAAACAUUGAAGGCGGAGGAAGCGCAUGCGAUCUCAGCUUUUGAAAAAGAGAAAGGUCUGCAUAAGGAACUUCAUGGUGAAGAAGCAUUCAAAACUUCGAAAUCUUUCGAUGCUGCCUUAGCUCAUGGUGCAGAAGCUGCCAUAUACGGAGGGAAGGCUAAAGAACACAGUGUAGCUCAUGGCUUUGAAGCUAAGGAACACAGCCUCGCGCAUGGUUUUGAAACGGCAGCUAAAGAGCAUAGUUUUGCACAUGGCAUUGAGGCUAAAGAGCAUGGUUUUGAAACUGCAGCCAAAGAACAUGGUUUCGCUCAUGGGAUUGAAGAAGCUGCUAAAGAACAUAGUUUUGCACAUGGUGUUGGCACAGCAGCUAAAGAACAUAGUUUCGCACAUGGCAUUGAAACUAAAUCUAAAGAGCAUGGUAUUGCGCAUGGUAUCAACACAGCAGCUAAAGAGCAUAGUUUCGCACAUGGCAUUGAAACUAAAGCUAAAGAACAUGAUAUCGCAGCUAAAGAACAUAGUUUCGCACAUGGCAUUGAAAGUAAAGCUAAAGAAUAUGGUAUAGCAGCUAAAGAAUAUGGUAUAGCAGCAAAAGAACACAGUUUCGCAUAUGGCACUGAAACUAAAGAACAUGGUUUUGCACUUGGUGCGGAAACUGCAGCGAAAGCGCAUGGUAUUGCUCAUGAUUUUGAAACGGCAGCUAAGGAACAUGAUUUUGCUCAUGGUAUUGAAACUGCAUAUAAAGAACAUCAUUUGAUUGAAGCAGACAAAGCUGGAAAAGGUUAUGAUGUGGAGAAAGGUAUCGAAAAAUCCGAAGGAAUUAAGACCAAAUUCUUGAAAUUUUUGAGCAAAAUUCUGGGGAUGCGAAAGUGCUAUCUUGUUACUAUGAGGCCAAGCGAGCUUUUUAGCAUCAUAAACUGUAUAUCAAAAAGUAAAGAUCCUAUUCUAUGUGAAAAAUUUUCAAUGUGUGAAGCUAAAAUGCCUUUACAGGUAAUCAGAGCUCUUGAAAAGUGCCAAAAAGAAACUAUUCCAGAAGGAGCUAAGAAGUGUUCCAGAUCUGAACCUUUAUAUCGUACCCCCGAUAUACCUUUAAAGAUCUUCCAGUGCGUGGUGAAAAAUACUAGGGAGUUGGUGCCUGAAGAGAAGAAGAAAAUGAUAGAUUUUGAGGAAUGUGCCAGAGCUGUUAAAGCAGAGAGCUGCGGACGUUUCAAAUGGGGUCGUUUUCACUAAAUGGCUCAAAUACACGUUUUGCAUUUAAUCCAUUGUAAAUGUGAACACGUUGUAGACUUUUUGUGAUUAUAUAAAACUGUUGAUAUUUGUUAUUGUCGUUAAUUUAUAAAUUAUUGCAUUCUUUAUUUUAUAUUAAGUCUUUUAUCAUAACUUUCGUACUUCCUGAGUUGUGUGUUGAUAAAAUAUUUAUAAUGCUAUGUUCCUGAUAUUUGUUUAGUUGAAAAAUAAAAUUUUAUUGGCAUUUUAGCUGCUAAAUUGAAAAAAA